AUGGCUGCGGCCAUGCCGCUCGCCGUGCCCGUGCUGCUGCUUCCGCUGCUGCUGCUGCCGCUGCUCCCGGGGCUGGGCGGCUGGGCCCGUGCCGAGCCUGCCCGCGACAGCCUGCGCGAGGAGCUCGUGAUCACACCGCUGCCUUCCGGGGACGUGGCCGCCACGUUCCAGUUCCGCACGCGCUGGGAUUCGGAGCUGCAGCGGGAAGGAGUGUCUCAUUACAGGCUCUUCCCCAAAGCCCUGGGCCAGUUGAUCUCCAAGUAUUCUUUGAGGGAACUGCACCUGUCACUCACGCAAGGCUUUUGGAGGACCCGAUACUGGGGGCCACCCUUCCUGCAGGCCCCAUCAGGUGCCGAGCUCUGGGUCUGGUUCCAAGACACUGUCACUGAUGUAGAUAAAUCUUGGAAGGAGCUUAGUAAUGUCCUGUCAGGGAUCUUCUGUGCCUCCCUCAACUUCAUCGACUCAACCAACACAGUCACUCCCACCGCCUCCUUCAAACCCCUGGGGCUGGCCAAUGACACAGAUCACUACUUCCUGCGCUACGCUGUGCUGCCGCGGGAGGUUGUCUGCACCGAGAACCUCACCCCAUGGAAGAAGCUCCUGCCCUGUAGUUCCAAGGCAGGUCUUUCUGUUCUGCUGAAGGCAGAUCGCUUGUUCCACACCAGCUACCACUCCCAGGCAGUGCAUAUCCGCCCUGUCUGCAGAAAUGCACGCUGUACCAGCAUCUCCUGGGAGCUGAGGCAGACCCUUUCUGUUGUAUUUGACGCCUUCAUCACAGGACAGGGGAAGAAAGACUGGUCCCUCUUCCGGAUGUUCUCCCGAACCCUCACAGAAGCUUGCCCCCUGGCUUCAGAGAGCCGAGUCUAUGUAGACGUCACAGGCUACAACCAGGACAAUGAGACAUUGGAGGUGAAUCCUGUCCCUACCACUACAUACCAGGAUGUCAUCCUGGGCACCCAGAAGACCUAUGCUGUUUAUGAUUUGCUUGACCCAGCCACAGUCAAUAACUCCCGCAACCUCAACCUCCAGCUCAAGUGGAAGAGACCCCCGGAUCAUGCAGAGGCUCUGCCGGCACCCUUCCUGCACACUCAGCGCUACGUGAGCGGCUAUGGGCUGCAGAAGGGGGAGCUGAGCACGCUGCUGUACAACACCCACCCUUACCGGGCCUUCCCCGUGCUGCUGCUGGACACCGUGCCCUGGUACCUGCGGCUCUACGUGCACACCCUCACCAUCACCUCCAAGGGCAAGGAGAACAAGCCAAGUUACAUCCACUACCAGCCUGCCCAGGACCGGCAGCAGCCCCACCUCCUGGAGAUGCUGAUUCAGCUGCCAGCCAACUCAGUCACCAAGGUCUCCAUCCAGUUUGAGCGGGCACUGCUCAAGUGGACUGAGUAUACCCCAGACCCCAACCAUGGCUUCUAUGUCAGCCCAUCUGUCCUCAGUGCCCUUGUGCCCAGCCUGGUGGCAGCCAGACCAGUGGACUGGGAAGCGAGCCCUCUCUUCAACACCUUGUUCCCAGUCUCUGAUAGUUCCAGCUACUUUGUGCGACUCUACACAGAGCCACUGCUGGUGAACCUGCCUACUCCGGACUUCAGCAUGCCCUACAAUGUGGUCUGCCUCACGUGCACUGUGGUGGCCGUGUGCUAUGGCUCCCUGUACAACCUCCUCACCCGAACCUUCCAUAUCGAGGAGCCCAGCACUGGUGGCUUGGCCAAGCGACUGGCUAACCUCAUCCGGCGUGCCCGUGGUGUCCCUCCUCUUUGAGACUCACUCUCCUUGGCAGCUGCCACUGCGCUUUCCCCCCAGGACAAAUGGGCCAGGAAAACUCUACCACUUGCCCUGUCCUCUGGCCUGGUCAGGGUCUCGGGCUGUGCUGUCUAAUACAGUAGCCGUGAACUAAAUGGGACGUUUAAGUUAAGUUAAAUUUUAUUUCCUCAGCCACAGUUCAAGUAUCCAGCAACCCAUCGUGGUUGGUACUACUGUACUGGAAAGCUCAGAGCAACGUUUGCCAUCACUGUAGAAAGUUCUGAUGGGCAGAAAGCCCUGGCACGGGUGGUAGGGUGCUGACUAGGUUGCCGUGUGGUGGGCAGCCUUUACUGUGGAAUAAAAAGUGGUUACUCUCC